AUGCCUGCUGCACGAACUUUGAAUGUUGUUGGCGCACAUACUGGCGGAGAGGUCUGCGAUGUUAUCGUCGGUGGUGUCCUGGAUGUUCCAGGCAAGACCAUGUACGAAAAGAUGAUGCAUAUCUGGACAAAGCAAGACAAUCUUCGUUUGGUACUAUUAAAUGAGCCCCGGGGUUGCACUGCUAUGUGCACCAAUCUUGUCCUGCCUCCCACGAACCCAGAGGCUGAUGCCGGCUUUAUCAUCAUGGAACACGAAGAAUACCCUCCAAUGUCCGGCGCCAACACCAUUGCCACUGCAACUGUACUUCUUGAAACAGGGAUGGUCCCAAUGCAAGAGCCUAUUUCCCGCAUUAAACUCGACACCCCCGCAGGCUUGGUGGGUGUGACUGCCGAAUGUGAAAAUGGAAAGGCUAAAUCUGUGGCGUUUGACAAUGUCCCUGCGUUUGUGUUCGCACUUGAUCUCGAGAUACCUGUUCUUGACCUGGGAACCGUCAAAGUUGAUAUUGCAUGGGGUGGCAUGAUUUUUGCAAUUGUGGACGCAACUUCCCUGAAUAUUUCACUUGAAGGCAGAAACGGAGCCAAACUGGUACAGCUUGGAGAACGUAUUAAAAAGGCCGUCAUGGAGAACACAAAUCCUGUUCACCCAGAAAACCCUAGUAUUCGCGGUGUCAGUAUUGUCGAGUUUACAGAGCCUUUCCUCGAAGGAAGAUCAGUGAAGACCGCAGUGAAUACUGUCGUUGUCUCCCCCGGACGUCUUGAUCGCAGUCCAUGUGGAACAGGUACCUGCGCUCGCUUGGCACUUCUCCAUGCCAGGGGCCUUCUCGAUGUGAACGAGCCGUUCCGCCAUCGUAGCAUCAUCGGGUCGGAAUUUGAGGCGCAUAUUCGAGGCACCACCAAAGUCGGUGAUUAUCCUGCCGUCCUGCCUACAGUCAAGGGGAGUGCAUGGAUCAGUGCGUACAAGCAGGUGGUGAUACACCCUACAGAUCCAUUCCCACAGGGAUUUAGAGUUGGGGAUGUAUGGCUGGAUUCGCCGCUUCCACAACCAACAGCCGAGGAUUAG